AGCUGAUAGCUAGUGGCAAAAAAGUAAGCGCGAGUAAGGUCACAUUGCUUCUAAGGAGUGAUUCGGAAAUCAUCUUCAAUGUUUGAACUUAUUUAGAUAUUACUACUUCUGCAGCUGGAGCUGGAAAAAUGCACUGCGUUUAAUCCUUAAUCCUUUAUAAAUUUACUACUCAGCUGGUCACUCGAAAAUCGUCAAUAUUAUGUGAAGUAUGAUUAUUCGGCCCGAAUUCCUGAAACUAACAAAAAUCAAGAAAUGCUCUCCAAAUUGCUUCCAAUUCUGAUUGUGCAAGGUGGCCGAAGAACGUAUUCCUUGUUCUCGAAAGUCUACACCAUCCCAACAAGUAACCACCACACCCUAACUGGCCAAGUUCUAACGGUUCCAAACCUAAAUUCGCCGAAGAGAUGUUUUGGCACGCACAUUGUUGUCCGGCAAAAGAGGGAUCGGUUCUACACCGACAUUGGCGAGCUCCGGGCUGAAUUGGUAUACUCCAUCAGGGACGGUGUAAUGACCAUAAACAGCACCAACGUCCCGGAGGAACUGGGCGGACACGGCAUUGGGAAGCUACUGGCCAAGUCGGCACUGGACUACGCACUGCUAAAUGGACACUUCAUUAUUAUAAGGUGCCGAUUUGUCCAGCACUACAUCGACAAGUAUGAGCCGCAAUACGCCAAGUACAUAAUAAAUUAGGGAAUCGAAAACAAAACUUCAAAAUUGUGAAAACAAGCAAACUAAACACAAAUAAAUCCCCCUUCUAUGCACAUA